AUGAUUACCAAUAAAUCGCUACCAGUUGAUUUCCUGAUCAGUGAAAUUUGGGCUAUUAAGCCUGGGGAGAUAAGAAUUGGUCUUGACUUUGGUGUUGGCACAGGAACUUAUGCUGCAAGAAUGAGAGAAAAUAAUGUUACAGUAGUCUCUACUGCUCUUAACCUUGGGGCUCCUUUCAAUGAAAUGAUUGCAUUAAGAGGUUUGGUUCCGCUGUAUGUAACAUUGAAUCAGCGUCUACCUUUCUUUGAUAAUAUAAUGGACUUGAUUCAUACCGCUGGGUUUCUGGAUGGCUGGAUUGACCUGCAGUUGCUGGAUUUCAUCCUGUUUGAUUGGGACCGAAUUCUGAGGCCCGGCGGAUUGUUAUGGAUUGACCGGUUCUUCUGCAAUAAAAAGGAUUUGGAUGAUUUCAUGUAUAUGUUUCUGCAGUUGAGAUACAAGAAACACAAGUGGGUUAUUUCUCCCAAAUCAAAGGAUGAGGUCUACUUUUCUGCAGUGUUAGAGAAACCUCCAAGAGCAAUCUGAUCAAUUCAUUGUAUGGAACUUUCUUUCUUUUGGAAUUUACUUUUGUCUAGUCAUUAACAUACUGGGAAUAGGAUUUCACUUAGAUGUGACUUGUCUUUGUUUUCCUAAUUGACAUUUGGUUGAUAGCUUGGAUUAUGAGAUGUCACCUAAAUUAUGGCCAUAAAGUGUAAAUCAACAUGUCAUAAGUUGAAUUGUAGUACUGUUAAAUGCCCAUGGUUUCUUAUCAG